AUGGUGUUCGUAAUGUGGGCGAUUAGGCCAAAAGGCGAGACGUAUGACAUCACAAAUGAAUAUGAGCGUGUACCAACAAUGUUCAACAUAAAGCUACACCAUGGUGGAAAUUUUACGAAGCUUCCAAACACGAAAUAUGUUAAAGGUGAAGUGCGAUAUAUUGAUUUAGUAGACAUUGAUGAGUUCUCAGUUCAUGAACUAGACGCAAUGAUGCUAGAGCUAGGUUACUCUGUACCCCCAGUAAUAUAUUACCAUUUUAGGAUUCCUCAUGAAGACUUGGAUUUUGGCCUCAGAGCUUUAGGGAAUGAUAAUGAUGUCUUGAAUUUGGCUCAGUAUAUUGGAGAUAACAAGGUCAUUGAAGUGUAUACAGAACAUGGAAAAACUAAUUUGCUGACCUAUUUUAUGUCUCCAAAAGGAAAGCAAAAAGUUAUUAUUAAGGAGCUCUGUGAUGGUGAUCUUCCAAAAGAAGCAAAUGUACCUCAAGUACCAGCAAAGGAUAAAACCCCAAUGAUAGAUGAAGCUAAUGAUCAAACACAGUUGGCAGGGUAUAUGUCCUUGAUACUCUUUGACAAAGUCCCUACACAAGUUUCACCACAGUAUAGAAGAAAUGGAAGGGUGAACUCAAUAGUUGGUCAAAGUUCUUGUGCCAAAAAGCUUUGUUUAGUUGAAUUGGAUGAUGUAGUAGAAGAUCAAGGUGGUGAUCAUGCUAAAUUGGAUGAUGUUGUACAAGAUCAAGGUGGUGAGAAUCCUAAAUUAGAUGAUGUGGUACAAGAUCAAGCUGGUGAGCAUGCUAACAUGAAUGAUGUGGUUCAAGAUCAAGAGGUUGAGCAUGCUAACAUGGAUGAUGUGGUACAAGAUCAAGGUGGUGACCAUGAUAACUUUGAUUAUGAUGAAUUUCAUUAUGAGAACUUUUCUCAUGAGAAUGUUGAAGAUGAGAAUGUUGAAGACCAUUAUCAACCACCAGAAGAUGAGAAUGUUGAAGACCAUCAGUCUGAACAUGAAAAGUCUGCUGACAGUGAUGAUCUUAGGCAACAAUCAGAAGAACAAUAUGAUGAACUUGUUGAUGAUGAAAACAAUGUAUCAGAAGUGGAGGUGGAUAUGACUGACUUUAACCUCAAUCUUGAUAAGGAUUAUGGUUGUGUUCAAAUGGAUGGGUUUCAUAACGGGGUUGGGACAAAUGAUGAACAUGAGGACAUAGAAGUCAUUGACAAUGAUAGAUGGGAUUCUUUAGAUGAAGGGUCAGAAGAUGAAAGGAAAAGAAGAUGUGUUCUUAAAAAUCUAGCUAAGGAGAAAAGAUGCAGUCUUGGCAAUGUCCAUAAGGCCAGUUUUUAUGUUGGGCAAAAGUUUAAAUCAAAGAAAGAAUUGAAAGAAAAAAUUGACAUGCACGCACUAGAAACUAGGAGGAAUUUAUAUUAUAAAAAGAAUGACAAGAUUAGACUUCGGGCAUUGUGUAGAGGUGUAGUCCCUGUCAUCAAUGCAAGUGGGGUGGUUGGCCUUAAUCCCAAAAAUAAAACCAAGGGCAAAGAGGUAAAUUCAGAAAAAGUAAACUGUAGUUGGUUCCUUCAUGCUUCUAGGUCAAACACAGAAUCUCCCUGGUUUGUAAGGACAUUAAAUGACAACCAUACUUGCCUUCAAAGUAGGAAGAUUAGAGCUUGCACUGCUACUUUUAUAUCCAAGCGAAUCAUGGACCAAAUCGACACGAAUCCAGGGAUUCCUCUUCGAGCAUUGCAGGAACAACUUCAAAAGGACUUCGAGGUAGGUAUUUCUAUUGACAAAGUAUUCAGGGCCAAGGCUAUUGCUACUAAGACCGUGGAGGGUGACUAUACGAAACAAUAUGAGAUCUUGAGGGACUAUGUCCUUGAAUUGCAAGCAACCAAUGUUGACACAACUGUCAAGAUUGAUGUUUACAGUGAACAAAACCCAUCAAACCCAACGAGGAGGUUUAAAAGAAUCUACAUUUGCUUAGGUCCCCUGAAAAAAGGUUUUAAGGCUGGCCUCAGGGAUCUUUUGGGUUUCGAUGGUGCGCAUAUGAAAGGACCAUUUCCUGGGCAGGUUCUAACAGCAGUUGGGUUGGACUCUAACAAUGGUAUUUACCCCCUUGCUUAUGCCAUUGUUGAGACAGAGAACAAAAGUAGUUGGGUAUGGUUCUUGCAGUGUUUAGGAGAAGACUUGGAUCUUGGUUCAAACUCUAACUUUACUUUUAUCACAGAUCGACAAAAGGGUUUAAUACCAGCAAUAGCCCAACUAUUCCCAUGUGCUGAGCACAGGUAUUGUCUCAGGCACAUACAUCAGAACAUGAGAGUGAAAUGGAAAUUGAAAGAGUACAAGGAUCAUUUAUGGAGAUGUGCAACUGCAACCACUGUACCUGAAUUUGAGCAUUGCAUGAAAGAAUUUAGCAACUAUGACAAGGAGGCAUGUGAAUGGCUUAGAAAGAUUCCUCCAAAACACUGGGCAAGAAGCCAUUUUACAGGCAGAGCAAUCUCUGAUAUACUGUUAAACAACCUUUGUGAGGUAUUUAACAGCAAGAUAAUAAAGGGAAGAGAUAAGCCUAUCAUAGGUUGUUUGGAGUAUAUUAGACAAUACCUGAUGAAGAGAAUCUGUAAUGUUAUGAAGGUGAUGGACAAGGCAAAAGGGCCUUUAACACCCACUGCAACAACCAUAUUGGAUGUAAACAAGUCUCAUGCAUCACAUUACAUUGCUAGGUGGAAUGGGGGUGAGAAAUACCAAGUCACUGGGGCAUGGCAAGACCAACAUGUUGUAGAUGUUAGGAACAACACAUGUACUUGCAGGAAGUGGGAGCUAAUAGGCAUCCCAUGUAAACAUGCCAUUGCAACCCUUAAUGAAAUGACCAAGAACUCAGAGGAUGUUGGUGACAUUUACAAGUGGGUCAAAAAGGUAUAUUGGUUGGAUACAUGGAAGAAUGCAUAUUCCUAUAAGGUAGAGCCCAUAAAAGGAAGAAUAAUGUGGCCUAAAAGUUUGUGUCCCACAACACUUAUCCCUCCAAUUCAUCAUAAGCAAAUAGGUAGGCCUACAAAGAAGAGGAAGAAAAGUGAGGAUGAAAAAUUGAGUCAGAGUCAAAGAGGGAGUCAAAGUCAGACUGGUACUCAUGGUGUAAGUCGGGAAGAAGGCUGUAAAGUAGGUCCUGAUGGAGUUCAAAAAUUAACAAGGAAAUAUGUCAGUGUAACAUGUGCAAAAUGCAAAAACAAAGGUCACAACUCAAGGACAUGCAAAGGUCAAGGAGGUGGAAGUUAG